CUCUCGCGCCUCUACUCUCUGGUCUCCUUAGCGCGCGCUCUCUCAACUUUCUUAUUUGCCUCUACAUCGCCGUUGUCACCACCGCCAUCUACUUCCUCUGCUGCUUCUCAUCACUGAAGUGGUUUGCAGAGAGUUAUCAGAGAAGAUGGAGCAUGGGUCUAACUCAGACAACAGUAAAUCAUCAUUUUCUUUGGUUGAUGAGGAUCACACGCUUGCAAACGCCGUCAGAUUCACCUUGAACCAAGAUCCAAGGGUUUCCUUCUCCGGAUACAGCAUUCCUCAUCCUUCAGAGAAUCGAGUUAAUAUUAGAGUCCAAACGACAGGUGCUCCAGCACAAGAGGUAUUAAAAGAUGCAUGCCAGGAUCUGAUGAUGAUGUGCCAGCAUGUGAGAAGCACUCUUGACAAGGCUGUUGCUGAUUACAAAAUGAGAAACCAGAGGGAUGCAGAUAGUGACUGAUGAUGAUAUUGAGAAAGGGUGAUGGUAUGAAAUAGAAUUAAACCUUUUUUAACUUUUGGUCUUUCCUGAAUAUAUACUCUUGAUUGUCAUUAAUGGAGUUCAAGACACAACAAGCUUUCAAAUCA